UUAGCCUUGGUCAGCAUCCCUGGGCAUCGCUUUUGAACACUCAGUACACUUGACGUCGAAAAAUGACGCAAAAGGGGUACCCUGAGAAUUAAAGAGUGACAGCGCGGAAUGACCAAACGUCAGUAUGAGGCGAGUUGGGAGUGAGAUUGUUGGAAGUCAUACAGGUUUGGAAGGACAUGAGGGUGACUAGAUGAUGACAGUAUUUUUUUUAUUGCUGGGUGAACUACCCAUUUUUAAUGAGCUUUUCCCAGAGGUUUCACAUACCACAGCUAAAUAUCUGACCUAUUAACGGGGCGGAACAUCACCGCUUACAAUUUUAGCACAGACUAUCACAACGAGGCACAGACUGAAGGAAGGAAAUCGGUGAAGGCUGAUACGAUGUGCUCGAAUGUUCCCCUGAACAUUUUUGUUGAUGUAUCCAAAGUGUCCACUGCGGGAACGUCUGGAUCAAACUUUAUGAGCGUGAACUGACGAAGUUUGACAACUUGUUUUUCCAGAUCGACAGAGCAGAUGAAGUUGGAGGGUUUAUUGUGGAUUUCGGCUUCUUCCACAAACCCAGGCUAUGAAAAACUACAGGUUUUCAUGUAAAAGAUCUAAGCAAAGCCCGUGAGAAUGUUUGUUUCACUGGCUCUUCUUCUCAGCCUCCAGGCAGUAGUGCACAUUAAACCAGCUAAAGCCAAUCAGUCCUGUACAAUAACAAUCGACUGGCGUUCAGCAGACUGUAAAGGUCUACGUCUGGACCAUGUGCCCAUAACAAAACUGCCUGCCUCUCUGGAAGAGCUCGACCUGUCUUUCAAUACCAUACAGGUCAUCACCAAACAAGAUUUUUUCAAACUUACUCAUCUGCGAGUCCUCAAGCUUAAUUUCAACAACAUCUCUCUGAUUGUGGAUGAUGCCUUUCAGGGAAACCUUUUUUUGGAGCAUCUAAAUUUAUUUAAUAACUCUUUGACAGAAAUUCCAUUCAAAGCCCUUGAGCCACUCACAAAUUUGAAGGUUUUAGAAAUGUCUAAUAAUUUGUACACAAAAGCAUCUCUGGAUGCUUCUUUUUUGAAUUUUACCCAGUUACAAGUGCUGUCCAUUGGUGGAUCCCUGGUCAGUAGUUUGGGAAGCUGUGACAUUGAUGUGUUGAAGAACAUCUCAUUGUACAAGUUUGCUAUUAAAACUGGCACUGGUUUUAAACAUUAUGAACCUGGGUAUUUCAGCAACCUCAACACAAGAAACUUGUGGCUCGAUAUAGCUUUUGACAAAAAACCAGAUAUGCUUCCCAUGAUACUGAAAGAUCUGGCAAACAAGACUUUUGAUGUGCUACGUUUCCGAAACAUUUUCGAAUUUCAGUACUAUUCUGGUAAACAGGAUAUUUUUUAUGGCCUGCACUAUGUAAAGACUCAACACUUAACCUUCUAUCGAGGUAAAUUCAAUGAGGAAGUUAUGAGAAUGACUCUGGUCAAUUUGGAAAUCAGUUCAAUCAAAAGCCUGGAACUGCUGCUCAUCGAUUUUGCUCGUUCUCAGAAUAGAACACAGGGUUCCAGUGUGACGAACUUGACCUUGGAAAAGCUGGUGCUCUCGGACAUCAGUAAUCCAGAUAUAAUGCGCUUCGACUGGAGCUUCACCUGGCUUAAUCAUGUCCGCCAAUUCAUUGUAUGGAACGUGAACUUCAACAGCGUGCCGUGCGACUCGUGGCCGGAGAUGAAAAACAUUGAGCUUCUGGACAUUUCUAACAACCAGCUGAGAGACAGUUAUAUUUACAACCCGCUAUGUGACACUAGAAACACACUGCACAAGCUUGACACCUUUAACGUUAGCCGUAAUCGACUUGCCAGCCUCAGUGACUUGGCAUCUCUGACCAAAGACUUUGUCAAGCUGACCACAAUUGAUAUGAGCCACAACCAACUGGGAAAUAUGGGAAAUCGUGUCUGUAACUGGGGACAGUCCAUUACCAAAGUAAUCGCUCAUCAUAAUAGUCUGACGAGUGACAGUUUUCAGUGCCUUCCCACUUCUGUAAGCUUCCUCGAUCUUUCAUACAGCAGCCUAGACCAACUUGACAUGGUCUAUUUUAAUAUGGCAUCCAACCUCACUGAGCUCCUCCUCAGUGGCAACAAGAUCAAGUUCAUCCCUUCCGGCUGGAGGAAUCCAUACUUGAGGACACUGGCUUUAGAUGGAAACUCCUUUGGACUUGUUAGCAUGAAGUCUUUCAAGGACAUGCCUAGCCUACAAGUCCUGACCGCAGGCAACAACCCUUAUCACUGCACCUGUGAUCUCUACACUUUUAUACAGGAAACCACAAGCAAGGGCAAGGUCACCAUCACAGACUGGCCAGACAACUACAAGUGUUACCAUCCCGAGCGUCUCCUCAACACAAUGGUAUCGCAAUACUUCCCUGGUCAUUUAACUUGUAAUAUUACACUCGUUGUCAUCAUCUCUGUGUCAACAACGGCAGUUGUAGUCCUUGGUCUCAUGCUUCUGUGCUACAUUUUUCAUGUGCCAUGGUACAUGAAAGCUACAUACCAGAUCAUCAGAGCCAAGUACAGGGCCCAUAAAGAAGGUUCAGGUCAAGCUUUGGACUACACCUUUCAUGCUUUCAUCUCUUACAGCCACGCAGAUGCAGAUUGGGUUCGAAACAUGCUGCUUCCUUGUCUAGAGAAUUCAAAGCCUCCUUAUCGCCUCUGCAUCCAUGAAAGAGACUUCAUUCCAGGGAAGUGGAUCAUUGACAACAUCAUUGAGAACAUUGAAAAUAGUCGGAAGGUGAUCUUCGUGUUGUCGCGGAGCUUCGUGAACAGCGAGUGGUGCAACUACGAGCUCUACUUCGCCCAACAACGGGCCAUUGGCAAGACAUUCAGUGAUGUCAUCCUGAUCGUGAAGGAGGCCAUCGAUCCCACUUCUCUUCCCAGUAAAUUCUGUAAGCUCAAGAGGAUGCUCAACACCAAAACCUACCUAGAGUGGCCCCAGCAACCCACAGAACAGAGCUUUUUCUGGGUCCAGCUAAGGAGUGUCCUGGGCAAACCAAACAAUAUAAAAGAGCAUACGACCAGCCAGCGUAGCCGCCUGUCUUCAGUGAGGUCUGUUUCCCUGAUUGAACUGCCACAGGACCAUAAUUCUGCAGAAAUUAAUGGUACAGAUGAAGAUGGCCACCAAGUCAGUGAUCAGCCAUCUAAUAGAUGUCAACAAACGUUAAGAGAACUUGUUUGAAGGACAUAAAUGAGGUUAUCUGUGGCAAAGGUAACCAGACCCAACAUGUAGCUUUUACUUUUCUGACAUUCAGAAUAUGAUAUGCAUUAGUGGAAACUGAUGUGCAAUGAUGUUAAGUGAAGAUUCAUCUAAACCGGUUUAUCUGACUCACUGGUGGCAGAUGGACCGGAAAAAGUUCAUUCUGACUCAUAUGUUCAUUCAGUGUAAGCAAAACAAACAACUACGCAGAUCUAGACAGUGAUUUAGUGUAGUUGCCCAUAGCAUACACAACACACAUACUCACUCUGACAAUCAAUUCUGUUCUGUUUACCUUAGUAUGUAAAUAUACGUACUUAUCUUAAUUGGGGUAGUGACCUGCAAUACUGUUCCAUCACCGUAUGCCAUUACGCAAUUUUAUGCCAUUAUGCUGUUUUAAUAUUUAAAACAAAAAUAUUUUGUAAAUACAGACUCUUUUCAGAUUUUAUACAUCCAUUUUCUACCUUUCUUUGUUCUUAAUUGUCUCUUGUAUUUUGUAUCUGUGAAUCUGUGAUUAAUGUGAUACCUUCUUUUAAUUAUUCUACAUAGAAUGAUAAAAAAUAAUGGUUAUGUCAGGAUUAUGAAUAGAUAGAUAGAGAAACAGAUGUGCUUGAUUGAUUUCUGAGGAGAAAAUCAUUAUAUGAUAAAGUUGCCAUGGAUACUAAAAGCAAAAAACAUAAUAUAGAUCUAGUACUGUGCACAGUCUAAUAUUCCUCUUGAACAUCUAUCUUAUUAAUGAUAUUAAUGGCUAGCACCGCAGUGUUCUCUCUCAAGGCAGUUUGAAUAUCAUUUCACUGUCAUUCGAUUACUCUUUAUGAUUUGGAUUAAUCCUAACCUGCACCCCUCACUCCAAGUCUAAUAUCCCCACAGCUAAUUUCACAUUUUACCCCAGUAAUGAUGUUUUUAUGUCUGUUCUAUGUAGCUGUAAAUCACAAAUCAUAAAAUGUAUAACACUGAACAGAUGGAUCCUUGCAAAUAAACAAGAAGCUGUGACGCAUCCUGUUAUCCGA